CGAGGGCUGGAAUGUAAAAUCACAAAUCAGUUGGUCUUGAUUUCGCAGAAUUCGCGUCUGUUUUUGGUGUAUUCUUGAUCAAACUUUUCAAUAAAGUAGAGUAAUAAAUAAUAUGUAAAGUUCCACUCGAUUUGUGAGAUUUACCAUGUGAUCUUGUUGUUUGUCGAGUAGUGUUUUAGACAAUAAUCAUCCUUUAUAGGUCCUAAACCAAAAUGAAAAUGACUGUGUAGUUGUAUCGGAUACAAUACACCAAAAAUGGCUUCUAAAACUGAUUUGGAUUGGACGUCUGUAAAAUUUGUUUUUUACGAUACAGGUUCCAAUGCAAAAGUCAAUUUGUAUACUUUGCUUAAAUUUAUUGAUCAAAGUGAAAAAUGUUUGAGUGAACAUGAUGUCAACGAGAACAAAUUUUACUUCUAUUUUUUUACACUAGCCGCCAAUUACAUCGGUCGUCAUUGUAAUAUAUUUCAAAAAAAUGAGUUAUCUACAGUUAGUAAGAGUUGUAAAGUUCUUUUGAAAUUUCUUCUAACAUACAUGGGACAAGUUGACGCAAAUGAUAAUAAUUGGGAUAGUUACUCAUCUCAUUUAAAUUUAGCAUUGGCAGCUAUUUCAGCAUUAUGUUCUGGAAAGCCGUUGAAUACUUCAGAAUUUGUGUCUGUUGUAAUGUGUAUAAAAGAAUGGCCAUCUAAUGCACCAACUUUAGGAGAAAAAGAAAAAGAGAAAGAAAGUAAAAAAUCUCUAGCUUACUCAUCAAUUUCUGAACAAAUGAUUAGACCAUUAGAUAGAAGUAAAAUUCGCUUAAAUGAUUCUUUAAAAAAAGAUGAAAAGGAUAUCAAGAAGUUGUUAAUUAAGAACAAUAUAUCUGCUUUACAAGAUAUGGGAGCAAAUAAUGUAAUUUUUAAAAUUUGCACUAAACUACCAAUUCUUAAAAGAUAUAUCACAGAAAUUCAACUGAAUUCUACGGAGGAACAGAAUAUUCAACAUGCUACUGAAUCAACUGGUGCUAAGAUUUCGUAUAGAUUUGUGCUUUUGGAUAUGACUUUUGUUGAAAAUGCAUUAGCAUUACCAAUAUUUGAACCAUUAACUGUUGUGUGUCUACAACAACUUACAAGUAUUAUGGCAGCUUGUCUAAGACUUGCUUUAUUUGUGCAGAGUGUUCAUAAUAACUCUUCGACAAGUACAGAUAGCAUAAAUAUUGAAGAUGAUGUUAUGUGGAAUCAAGCUGUCCAGACAAUUGAAAAAACUGUCAUUAUUAUGCAAACAGUAUCUGAAAUACUAAAAAAAUUUUCGUAUUCUGUGCAUCAAAACUAUUAUAUGAUUGUUAUUUGGAUUCUUAUUAAUGGCCUUCAAGAUAUUACAAUGAAAAAUUAUGAAAAUAACUCAAUAAAAGAUGAUAAAGUUACUAAAACUAAAAAAGAAAUAUCAAAGCCACCCGCAAAAAACUCUUUCAAUGUUUUAUCAGUGGCAUUAGCAAAUGAAAUGCUCACUAUGAUUGUUGAACUUUUGGAAAAUGCAAGAAAAGAAUCAUCUUCAGAUCAACUUAUGAAACUUAUUGACUUUGAAUCUGAAAUAAUGCCAGCUCCAUUGGAUAUCUGUGCUAAGGCAAGAGCAUGUGGUCGACUGCUCAGAAUUUUUCAAACUGUACCUUUGAUUAAAUUCUUUUAUCAAUUAGCAGCAAUAAGUCAUCGAAAAGUUAUGUGUCUUGUAUUAAAUAAAAAUAAAAAUAAGAUAAAUCGCACUAUAAGUUUGGAAUCAAUAGAUAUGUUGCCUGGAACACCCGAAAGUGGAGCACCUCAAGAUGGAGAUGAAGAUAAUGAGUCUCUGUUUGGUGCUUGGUUUGAAGAAGUACUGACCUCAGGAGAUCAACAAAUUGAAAAUGUGUCCUCUAAAACACAAGCAUCGGAUUAUAUGGAUCUAGAUAAAAGUGUAUUAAAUCAAUCAAAUUACAGCGUUGUCCCCGAUAAUGAUGAUCCAGAAGGGUAUUUAGCACUGAUAAUAAGAAUAUUCAAUGUAUUGGACAUAUAUUUUUUAAAUGCUGAGUGUGAUUACAUUUUCACUUAUAUGUCUAAAACAAUUCAAACUGAUAACCUUAUUGUAUUAGCUAAAUUGAUCGGAGAAGUAGACUGGGCACCUGUUAAUAAUGAUUUAUCUUGCAUUGUUGACUCUCACCAAAAUGUUUCUUCGUCUAUUGGAAUAUUUAUUCAUAAUUUGAUUGCUAGAGAUUACUUAUCAGAAAAACAACAAGAUGUAUUUCUUGAACUAUUAGGGAUAAAAAUACCUCUAGAUGCUUUAGGCAGUAAAUGGUCAUUACAAAUCUAUCCCAGAACUUUAUCAAUAUUAGCUCAAGUUUUAUUAAAAAAACACAUAUCAGAAAGAGAUGAAUUAUCUACAUACAUAUGGCAAAAUAUGAUAAAUGCAUUGAGCAGUAUAAUUAAUCGCCCUCAAAGUAGUAAUGAUUUUGAAGAUUUGAAUGUGGAACAUACACAGCUAUUAAUAUUUUUGUUCAACUUAAUGUCCUUAACUCAUAAAAAAGGAAUUCUAUUAGCUAUUUGUAAUACUAUUGUAGGUGCCAAAUGUGUUUUGAAGCCGGUUUACAACAAUCAUAUUUUAGCUUUAAGUAGAUUACUUCUUUUAUUUGACUACUUAGUUCGAAGAUUGUAUGAUGUACCUGAAUAUUUACUAUCUCAGGUUGAAUGGAACUUGAUGCGCAUUAAAAGCGAAGUAAAAGUAGAUGGUGAUGAAGUACAAACAACUGAUGAAAAUACUUACAUGCUAUAUAACACAAUAGAAGAAAACUUUCGUAGAAAGUCAGAUUGUGUUGGGUGCUCGACAGCUGUAAUUCCUUGUUUUUAUAAGCUAUUGGAUGAUAAACCAGCUAUAAAUGAUGCACCUAAGCUGGAUGGAUUGGCUCUUAAUUUUAUUCUUAACCAUCCAGAAAAGUUAAGCUAUCCUCAAUUAAUAGAAGCUCUCUUAGAUAUAACUACAACAUUAAAUAUAUGUAAUGAGUCUUAUGUAGAUGACAAUGGAAUUGAAAAUAAAAUCGCCCUGUAUUCAAAUCCGUUAACCCUAUGUAGCAUUGAAUAUUGUUUUACGCUUGCAUGGAAGCUAUUAUUAUCAUUACCUGUUCCUAUUCAAAAAAUACAAGACAUGAUCAAUGAAAAAACUCGUGGAUUUGAUUCGUCAGAUUUGCUAUAUUUCUUAAUUUGGGGUCCUAGAACAUGUUCAAAAAUUUACUAUCAUUUUUUAAAGGAAGGUUUGUACAAACAAAUUUGUGCUUUGGAAAGCAAUGAAAAUCCUACAGAUACAAACGAUAAAUUAUGUUCUAGAGAAUUAUUGAAAUUAGUAUCUUCUGUAGCUUCAACAAUACAAUAUGAUUAUCAAGUAGCAGAAAUCCAUUUUAUUCAACAACUUCGUCAAACAGAUACUACAAAAAAAAAUAGCUUUCCAAUGUUAUUGGACGUUAUACUGUUUGAUGCUGUUAUUUCAAAAAUGUAUAUACAAUUUAAACCAGGAAAAACACCUGAAGAAAUUUCCAAUGAUUCUAAUACUGAAUAUAUUCAAAUACUAAUGCCGUAUUGUAUCGAAUUAGCUAUGUUGACAUUUACUAAUAUUAAAAAUAACCUUCUCCAUCAAAUUUCUAAUUUGAACCAAACUCAGAAGUAUUCAAUGGGUGAUUUAACAAAUUUGAAAAUAAUUUUGUCAAUGACAAAUAACAAUUCAUCUUUAGAGUUUUCUCCAAUCACUUACAAUUUACCGUCUUUAUUGUUUGAAACAAUUCCAUCAUGGAUUGUAUCAAUUUUAACAAAAUGGAAUUCAGUUCCUAUAGGUCCUCUGUUGAAGAACUGUAGUUUGGAUACUUCUCCGGAAUAUUUAAUUCAAAAUAUCAUAAAACAUCAUUUAUCUUUUGUCUCCAGUCAGUCAAUAUAUUUGAACACUCCAUCAUUAAAACGAUUACUUAAUACACUUGUUGUAUUUAUCACAGAAAAUAUACAAUUAUGCCCUGAUUUUAAAUUACGAUCUGAUUUCGCGAAUCUUUUGAGUUCCAUGAUCAUUGACUGUUCAUCGGAAAAUCUUUUGGAACAUAUUAUUCCUACUUUGGAGAAAUUACAAAAUCCUGCAGAUCAGGACCCAGCUACUAUGAUAUCCAUGCUUAUAAGUAAAAAUAUAAGGAAAUUAGCAAUUCAAUAUAAACGUGAUGAUACUACCAACACAGAUUAUUUAACUGAGAAAGUUUUGAUACAUAGUCUUUUUUGGAUUGAACAAUUAAUAUUUGAUUUUUCAUCUGCCCGAUAUGCUGUUCUACAAACAUUUUGUGGAAAUGCGCUUAAAGAAGGUAUUUCAAUGAAGAAAUUUAUUUCAUCUGGAGUCUUUGUUAAAACACUUGUUAGAUUAACCAACCGGUUAUUCUCAAAUCUUAAAAUAACUAAUAAUCAAGAUAUUAAAACAAUGUGCCGCACAAUUAUUGAAUUAUCAACUGACCCGAAAAAUAGAUUGGAUCUUUGGCUACAAAGAAUUAUUGUUGGUUGGAACAAAGAUAAAGAUUUAAUUGAUGCUACUGGUACUUUAUCUCGGGAAUUAACUGCUUUUUUGAGUGAUAAACACACCAAUUCAAUAAAACAUUUUAUCAACAAUAUAUCGGCUUCAAUUGAUCCUGAUGAAAAUUUUGAAUUGAUCAAGAACAUGAUAGAUUAUAUUGUUGGAUUAGAGACACAUGAUGAAUUAAAGACCAAAGCUUCAUUAUGUUAUUUAGAAACAUUAAUACCAAUUGUGACUUACACAUUAGCUUUUGAAAAUGGAGAUGGGUUUUCAAAAAUGUUUGCUCAGAUGGUGCGUUUAGCAGAUUAUGGAGGUCCCUCUGGCCAUGUGAAGUUAUUUAAAGCUAGUGUUAAGUUACUUGAUUCUAUUAAAAAUUGGCUUAAAUCUAACAUGGCAAAUAUAGAAAUAACCGAACCCAAACAAUCAUAUCCACCAGUUGUGAUUGCAUCUAGUUGUUUGAUGAAUUACAUAUCAGAUAUUAUAGCUGCUAUGCAACAUAAUGAUUUAGAAAACUCUGUAUCUCCUUCGUCGUUAGACUCCAUGUCUUUAUUCUAUUAUGAUGGUAUGGAGUUUGAUGGAUUUUUACCUAGUAAUGAUGGCGAUAGCGAAACUUUAAAUGAAGAUUCUGAUGAAGAUAGUUUAUACUAUAAACUUUGUACAUUUACUGUUACUCAAAAAGAGUUUAUGAAUCAACAUUGGUAUCAUUGUCAUACAUGUAAGAUGAUAGAAGGUGUUGGCGUUUGUAGUAUAUGUGCUAAGGUUUGCCACAGAGGCCAUGAUGUUACUUAUGCUAAAUUCGGAAACUUUUUCUGUGACUGUGGGGCAAAAGAAAACAAUUUUUGUCAAGCAUUAAUUAAAAGAAAUCCUAACUCAAUACUUGAUGUAAAUAAUCCACGAGAUAAAACAGCUUCAAUUGAAGGCGGAAAUUCAGCUGCAGAUCAAGAUCGCAUAGAUAGUCAUAGCACGUCUGCUCCUAAUCAUAAUCAAGAUCCAAGAAAUAUGAGCACAAGAAGUUUAGAUUAUGAAUCUGUCGUGUUGGAUUCACUUCCUGCCACGUAUAAGAAUCUAUUAAUGCCAACAAUAUUGGAUCAUUCUCAAAUUAUUGAGCCAACAUUAGAUCUUUGUCUACAAUUAAUAAACGUGGUUAUUAAAUCUGGUGAAAAAAAUUCAGCAAUUGGUUGUAAUACUAGAGCUAUAGAUACAUUAAAUGACUUACAGGAAUUAGAAAAAACUAUUGAAGUAUCAGAUAGUCUUAUGCUACCUACAAUGGGAUCUCAAGAAGGUGCUUUUGAAAAUGUUAAGAUGAAUUUUAGUGGAGAUCAAGGUCAAACUAUCCGACAGCUUCUUUCUGCCCAUAUGAUACGACGUGUUGCAAUGUGUUGUUUAUCAUCUCUUCAUGGCAAAAGGCAACAUUUAGUUGCUGUAUCUCACGACAAAGGAAAAAUAGCAGUUCUGCAAAUGAGCUCAUUGUUAAAACAGUCUGAUAUAUCUAAACGCAAAUUAACUUUAACACGACUAUCCUCUGUUUCUAUCCCAUUUACUGUUUUAUCAGUUACUGCAAAUUCUGUUAAUGAAGACUUCCUUUCUGUGUGUGGAUUAAAGGACUGUCAUAUUUUGACAUUCAAUACAAGUGGAACAGUUAAUGAACACAUUGUUCUUCAUCCAACUUUAGAAGUAGGAAAUUUUAUGAUUCGAUCAAUUUGGCUCCCUGGGUCACAAACUAGUUUAGCACUAGUGUCUGCUGAAUUUGUUAAAAUUUAUGAUUUGUCCAAGGAUGUUUUAAGUCCUCAAUAUUAUUUCCUUGUACCUACUGGAAAAAUACGAGACGUGACAUUUAUGUGUACAGAGGAAAAGUCAACUAUGAUAUUAAUAUCAUCUGGGGGUUAUAUAUAUACACAAGAUAUGGAUGCAAGUAGCUCAGCUGUCCAUGGUCCAUUUUAUGUGACUAAUACUAUUGAUAUUGUCCAUCCAGAUAUAAGUGAUGUAAAUGGCCAAGUUUGUGGAGGUGGUGUAUCAGUGUAUUAUUCGCAUACACUGUCACUAUUAAUGUUUAGUUAUGUUACUCCUGGGCGCACAUUUAUAGCACCUUUAGAUGAAGAGAGAUAUCAAGGUGGUGUCAUUACAUUACAUCCAGUUUUUGCAAUAAAUUCACAAACAUCAAGUCCUAGUGCUAAAAAUAAAAGUAACAUUAGCCAGGCAAGUGCUUCUGCUCCUCCUACACAACCUAUGUGGCAGUGGUCUGAAGUUUCUGGACAUCCUGGUUUAGUAUGUGCAAUACUGCAAUCCAGUAAUACUCCAGUUGUAUUUAUGAUAACACCAAAAGUUAUCAGUCUUCAAGAAAUUAAGUUGGCUCAGACAAAAACUAAGAUUACAGAUAUGGUUGCUGUACGCCACCCUUUGUCAAAUGGAGAUUAUAGAACAACAUUAAUAAUUUUAUGCGAAGAUGGUAGUCUCCGUAUGUUUUUAGCUGCUAAAGAGCAAACAGAUUUUUGGUUAUCACCAUCUAUUCAGCCUUCAUGUCACAUAACAUCAUGUAAAUUAAAGAAAAAGAAAAUUAGUAAAUCUGGAAAAUCAACAGGAAAUACCUCUUCAUUUCCAAUUGACUUCUUUGAAUAUUGUGUAGCUAUGAAUGAAAUUGAAUUUGGUGGUAAUGAUUUGUUGCAAAUUUAUAAUCCUCAACAAAUCAAACAUAGGUUGAACAGUAAUGGUAUGUAUAUUGUGUCUACAAAACCACGAUUUAGCAUUGAAGUUAUUAAUAAUGAUCCUACAACGGUAAUGGCUGGAAUUAGAAUUAAUGUGGGAGGGCAAGACAUAGGACGUGCACCUGGCUAUAUAGAAGUGCUGGGACGCACUUUGCAUUUGUUACCUAUUAACCGAAGUCGAUGGUUUGAUUUUCCGUUAACCAGAGAGGAAAGCCUUCAAAGUGAUAAAAAAUUAGUUAUUGUGUUUGGGCCGUCACGAGAUCCUGAAGCUGUUACUAUGAUAGAUUCUGUAAAAUUAUAUGGAAAAACUAAAGAAUCAUUUGGAUGGCCUGAUGAAGUUGAUGAUAUUAGCAGUGGUACAAUUUAUGGUUCAACAUCAACUAGUACUGUAGUCACUUCAAAUCAAUUUAAUCCUCAAGAAAAAGAGUUGCCUUUAACUGGAUUUGCUGUCAAUCAUUUAGACAAGUUUGUUAUUGGAUUGUUGACAAUAUUAGAAAAUAGCUUUAUAGUAUCAAACUACUCAUUGAACGAAGAGGACGAACAGUUUUCAUCUAAUAAAACUAAAGCAGUAAACAUAGCACUAAAAUUACUCAAUCAUAGUACGCAAGCAUGUAUUCAACUUCAUUCUAAAUCAUUAGUGGCUGUUUUACAACCGGAGUAUCACAUAUUUAAAGAUCAAUCCAUGUUGGCUUAUAUAUUACAAUCUUUACUUGAUUUCGAACGCGAGGAUCCCAAAAUUAUGGAUGCGGAAGCUUACUAUAGACUUGUAUUAAUUACUCGAGGUAUUACAGUUUGCAGACCACAACAUUUAUCCAACUUUGAAAGGACUCAUCAUGAAGAAUUGGAUUAUAAUAAUGAUCAAUCAUCGCAAUGGUGUCAACCACUUGUUCAAAAGCUCAUUUCUGUAUUUUGGAUACUGUACUAUAAUAGACCUAAAAAUCCAUCCUAUUGCACAAUAUAUGUACCUGGUUUGAAACAUACGGAAGCUGUUGUUUAUGCACUUAUUGAAAUUCUGCAUUCUCUAUUAUUUUUUGAAUGCUCCGGUUUUCAAAAUUCUCAAAUUAAUACUAUAUCUAAGUACUACUUAGAUUUCUUACUAUGUGAAGAUGUAGCUGUCAGUUAUACUGCUAAAUUGGCGCUUUCAAGAGCUUUAAAACCUCUUGUUUUUGGAAAGAAUAAUCAAAAUUUAGUUCGUGGAGAUCAUUCUUUCAAAGAAUCAGUAGAAGUAAAAGAAUCAUCUAGCAAAGAACCUGAAAACGAAGAACAAGUUCUUCAAGAACCUCCAGAAGAAAAUAUCUCAUAUGAAGUUGAUGAACCAAUUAUUCUAUUGGAUCCAAGAGUCGAACCACAAGAACAUGAUCGUCAAAAUAUGGAAGUUUUAAUAGGAAAUGUUCAAUUUCCUGGUCUUAUUAUUCCACCUGACGCAGAUGAUGAUGCAAUGGUUGAAUUAGCUAUUGCACUUAGUCUUCAAGACAAUGACGGAAUAGAAAACAAUGCAGAGUUAGAUAAUAAUAUGAGGCAAGAUUUUGAAGAACUACAAGCAUUAGGAAAUGCACCUUCUGCAUUACAGAACAUGCAAGAAAAUUCUUCUCAAAAUAAUGAUAAUGGCCAGAAUUCUGAAACACAGUCUAUGCAACAAGGUCAUUUGAGUGAUACAACUGCAUCGGCAGCUGGUUCUGAUGAUGAAGACACAAACGCUGUUCCAGGAAGUAGCAAUUUGAGAACAUCUCCUACAGAAAAUAAUCAAAAUGAAAGAGGAGAGAUUGAUGAAGAAACAAUUUUUGACCAAGAUUUUGAAAUAAAUAAUCAUUUACACACUUUAAGAUUGUCUUUGUUGGAAAAAUUUAUUAACCACAUACCAAAUCUUCAUAACAUCGGAGGCACAAGGGCUAUACCGUUUUUCCAAGUGGUUUCUUCAAUUGUGGCAGAUAUGGAUUUGAAUAAUGAAGGAGAUAAGGAAUAUUUUACCGAACUUAUGCAAAUGUUUAUAACAUAUAUUCGCCGAGAAACAUUAGAUGAUUCUAAUUUACAUAUAAGAAAUUCGCAACGAGAAAUAGUCAUAAUUAUUAUGCGUUUUAUUGGUGUUUUAUUAGCAAGACCUAAAUCUAGCUCUAAAUCAUCAUCUGAUCAUACAACAUAUAUAUCUCAAACAGCUGCAUCCAUGUUAAAACAUGCACAAUUUAUAACCAAUUGCCUAAAAGCAUUGAAAGCUUUACAGGAAUAUUGGGCUAGUUUUAGUGAUAAUGAUGACAACGGUGCCAAUGUGGUUAGUGUUUUAUUGGAACCAAGUGGUCCUUCACGUGUUCCAGAUAUGAGCCCAUUUUUUUUGAAGCCCUACUCAGUUAGUCAAACCAAAGAUAUCUUCCAUAAUUACCCUAUAAUUUUGACUGAAAUGCUGUUACGAUUACCAUAUCAAAUACAGAAAAGUUGGUCCCAAUUGUCGUUUGAACCAGAAUGGUUGACUGUACUAUGUGAAUUCAUGAGUUUAAAAACAAUUAAUCCAUUUAUUAAACGUCAAGUUAGAAAGUUACUACUAUUCGUUUGUGGAAACAAGGAUAAAUAUCGGCAGAUUAGAGAUAUGCAUGCUUUAUCGACUAGUAUGAAGAAUUUCCAAGUCACAUGUGAUAUUGGAGAUCAGAAUACACCGCAGUCUCUUAACUUAACAUAUGACAAACUUGUUGAAUUAGUGGAAGAUGUAAAAGUUUGUGUUGACAUUGCAUCUAGUCGUAUGCUGAACUGGCAACUAUAUUGUCGUAAAGAUAACACAGUAUUAUUGUAUUUAAUGCGUGCAGCAUGCUUUUUAGAUGAAGGUGUAUCAUCUACAAUUCUGCAUUUGCUUCAAUAUGCUAUUUGUGGUGCUAAAAACCAGUCUGGAACUCCUUCUGCAAAAGAAUCUAAAACUAAAGUUUCUAAAGUAGCAGAAGACAUUGAGAGUACUAUGCUUGAAGAAGCUCAAUGCAUGAUACUAGUUAAAGAAAUGAAUAAACGAUUAAAUAAAGAUAUUUUAACAAGAUUUGUCAAAACAUUUUUACUCGAAACAAAUUCUACACAUAUUCGUUGGCAAGCUCAUGCUCUAGUAUUGUCAAUUUAUAGAAAUUCAGAACAUGAUGAUCAAGAAAAAUUACUUGAAAUAUUAUGGGCUCUAUGGCCACAGUUGCCCACAUAUGGAAGGAAAGCAUCUCAAUUUGUCGAUUUAUUAGGAUAUUUCAGUUUUAAGUACAACCAAAAAGCAGCUACAUCAACUAAAUAUGUUGAACAGGCAAUUGAAUUAUUAAGAACACAAAACUAUAAACUGGCAUGUCAUCCUAAUGCUAAUUUGUAUACUCAAGUAUCACAAUAUGUUGAUUUAGAAGGAUUUUAUUUAGAAAGUGAACCAUGCAUGGUUUGUAAUAACCCUGAAAUACCCUUCACCAAUAUCAAGUUGACUUCCAUAAAGGUAGAUUCAAAGUUCACUACUACUACUCAAAUUGUUAAGUUAAUGGGAAGUCACACUAUUAAUAAAAUAGUGUUACGAAUAACUGAUUUAAAACGUACUAAAAUGGUGCGCACAAUGAAUAUAUUUUAUAAUAACCGUUAUGUACAAGCCGUGGUGGAGCUUAAAAAUAAACCAGCUAUGUGGCAUAAAGCUAAAGAAAUCACAUUAACAUCAGGACAAACUGAAGUCAAAGUCGAAUUUGCUGUACCAAUAGUUGCAUGGAAUUUAUUAAUUGAGUAUUCUAGUUUUUACGAGAACUUGCAUGCCUCUUCAGAAACCUUACAGUGUCCUAGAUGUAGUGCAACGGUGCCUGCAAACCCAGGUGUUUGUUCUAACUGUGGUGAGAAUGUUUUCCAAUGUCAUAAAUGCCGUGCUAUAAACUAUGAUGAAAAAGAUCCUUUCCUCUGUCAUUCUUGUGGUUUUUGUAAAUACGCUAAAUUUGAUUAUGUCUUAACUGCUAAGCCUUGUUGUGCUGUUGAUCCUAUUGAGGAUGACCAUGAUAGGAAUAAGACUUUAAGUUCCAUCAAUUCAAACUUGGAAAAAGCUGAUAGAUUAUACAAACAACUUGUAUCGUCUAAACCGGUAUUAGAGAAUAUGUUAGUAAAAGUUAUGGAAAAUCGUUUGGAAAGAGCUAUGAACAAUAAUAUUUCUUCUGGACCUGUACAUCAAGUUAAUAGAUCUAUUCAAUUGUUGGCACAAAAGUAUGGUUCUGAAUGCCGUAAUACUUUUGAAGAUCUCAGCCGUAUCGUUCAAUUUUUGGCAAGUCGUAAAGAGUUAAUAGCAUAUGAUCAAAAACAAUUGGGACAAGUUAAAUCCACAAUUCGUUUUAAUGGCAGUAUUAGUUCUCUUUCAGUUUCUGAUUCUGUAAUACCUGUUUCUCAAAAUGUAUCAACAGCAUGCUCAUUGCCAAGUACAAGUUGUUAUGGGUGUAUAACAGCUGCUUUAGAACAUUGUUUUGUUAUGUUACGUGCUCUUGCUACAAACAUGACGUUGCGUAAAAUACUAUUGCAACAAGGCCUUAUUCAAGAACUAGUUGAAAAUAAUAUUAGAAGAGGCUCAGUUCAAACUCAGGAAGAAGUAAGAAAUCUGCUUUGUAUUUUAAUACAAGAUAAUCAAAAGGCUACUGAAGAUUUAUGUGGAUUGUUGAGUCAAAGAAUAUCACUUACAAUUCGAGGACCAAUUGCGAAUGCUGACUUAGCAUUUGCUGUGAGACCUGAGAUAUCUUUACUGGCAACAAUGUUGUACAAAGAAGAUUCAUGUUGGGAACAAAAAGCCAAAUGUGUAAUGCAGCUAUUCUUUAUGACGUGCAAAGAAUUCCAGUCUUCAGCAAUUGUUACUUACAUAACAUUACCAUGUUUAAAAAUGAUGCGUAAUAUUAUUAAGCCACCAACUUCAUCAUCUAAAGUAAACAAGGAUAAAUCUACUGAAGUUUUGUCAACUGUUCAAAUGUCAGAUCAUUUAAUGGUUGAUUUUAGAAAAUGGGCUAAACAAAGCCCUGAGCAUAUGUUUAAUGCAUGGCGUCAACGACUUCAAAAGAAAACACCAUCAGAUGCUCCUGUUAAAAAUAAGCCAAAGUCAAAGAAUGAAAUCAGACAAUAUUAUUUAGCUUCUAAAUAUUUCAAGAAAUGGAGAUUAUAUUCUUUAAGAGAUAUUGCGAAGCCAUUCCACCUAACAGAGUCUUCAUGGUUAAAGCAUUUCUUAUUCUGUUCGAGUACACGAUUAUUAAGACAAGUUGCUUGUGCUAUAUUUGAAGGUAUUGCUCAAGUACCAGAAAGGAAAAAAGAGAUCUUAGAUCUUCUGACAGGGUUCUUAACAGAACUAGGAAGUGCAGGAGAAAACUGUGCUGAAUUUUUAGGUUUAUAUCAAAAUCUCAUUCAGCAAACUCCUUGGAAACAGUACUUAGCAUUACGAGGAGUACUCAUUAUGAUAUCCGAUAUAAUUACAAAAGAAAUAAAACAUUUGCAUUAUUUAGAAGAAACUACAUUAACUUCAGAUUUAGCUCAAGGGUUUGUCUUAAAAAGUUUAACUGGAUUGUUAGCAUCAUUUUUGGAAGUUGAGAGCAUAAAACAACAAUACAAAGGAAGACUUGUAGGCGCUAUUUUAAAUGGAUAUCUUUCUCUCCGUCGUUUAGUUGUUCAAAGAACACGUCUAAUUGAUGAAACACAAUCUCAACUUUUGGAUCUUCUUGAAGAAAUGACGUGUGGAACAGAAACAGAAUCAAAAGCAUUUAUGGCAAUCUGUGUAGAAACAGUAGAAAAGUGUGAUUUACAGGAUGUCCGUACUCCAGUUUUUGUGUUCGAAAGAUUGUGUUCAAUAAUUUAUCCAGAAGAAAAUGAUGUUGGUGAAUUUUAUAUGAAUUUAGACAAAGAUCCUCAACAAGAAGACUUUUUGCAAGGCCGUAUGUUAGGUAAUCCAUAUAGUUGUAACGAAUCUGGUCUUGGACCUCUAAUGAGAGAUGUCAAAAAUAAAAUCUGUCAGGAUUGUGAACUGGUUGCUCUAUUGGAAGAUGAUAAUGGCAUGGAACUUUUGGUUAACAAUAAGAUUAUCAGCUUGGAUCUGCCUGUUAAAGAGGUGUACAAAAAGAUUUGGCUGCCCGAAGGUGGGGACAAUGAAGCUGCCAUGCAUAUUGUUUAUCGCAUGAGAGGAUUAUUGGGAGAUGCUACCGAAGAAUUCAUUGAAACAUUAGAUGCCAAAUCUGAUCAAGAAGUCAAUAACGAAGAAGUUUAUAAAAUGGCUAAUGUUAUGGCAGAGUGUCGUGGUCUGGGAGUUCUAAUGUAUCGUCUAUCUACAAUAAAAGACCUGUCAAGGUCACGUCCACUUCUCCAAGUACUUCUGAAAUUACUUGGACUUUGUGUUAAAGUAAAACACAAUCAAGAAAUAUUAACUGAACCUAUACUAGGAUCCAUCCCAAUUCUUCUUAAUACACUUGAGUUAUGUUUAAGUAAUGAAACUGAUGGCUUGUCAAACACGUCACUUACUGAACAAACUCUUGAUAUUUUGGAAACAAUACUAUCAAAAGCUACUUCCAAAGGCCCAGAGACAUUUGCUAGACUAUCAGAGACUUUUGGCCCUGAUGACCAUAUUCGAUAUCUUCUACACUGUGCAUCAAAUGCUCGUUAUACAAUUGUUCAGCAUCUAACUCGUGUCUUAGCUGCUCUUACGUACAACAAUAAAGCCAAAAUGAUUAUUCUCAUGGAUCAUUUUGCUUCAGUAAUUUCUGAUUUUGAAAAGUUUGACGACGUCCACUCUGCUCAAGAUGAACAAAUGAUGAAUCUGUUUUGUGAUUUGACCUACGGCAUUGAAAAUAAUUCACUUGGAAAUACAUUAAAAGAUUAUAUUCUUUCCCUUGGGGUUAUUAAUAAUGUUAUUCAAUAUAUAUCACGCCAUGCACCAACAGUAAAAGCAACAUUAAACAAAAACAAUGAUAAAGAUGAAUGGAAAGAAUUCAUUUCUAAACCUUCGUUAAAAUAUAUUUUAAGAUUUUGGACUGGAUUAGCUAAUGGUCAUGAACCAACUCAGACUGCUGUUUCUGAUGAAUGUAUUCAUACAGUACAUUGCUUAGAACAAGUGUCGUCAGAUGAACAUGUUGGAUCUCUUGCUGAAAAUUUAUUAGAAGCAUUAAAAACAAAUCCGAAAAUGGCAGAAAAAAUAGAACAAGUUCGUGAACAAACUAAAGCGGAGAAAAAACGAUUAGCGAUGGCGAUGCGACAAAAACAACUUGGACAAUUAGGAAUGCGUACUAAUGAAAAGGGUCAAGUAACUGCUGAGACUUCUUUAUUACAACAAGUGGAAGAUUUAGGAGAAGAGACGGGAUUAGUGUGUGUCAUUUGUCGUGAAGGAUAUAAAUUCCAACCAACCAAAGUAUUAGGUAUUUACACAUUUACCAAGAGGUGUGUUGUUGAAGAACAUGAAGUGAAAGCUCGUAAAACCAUUGGAUACAGUACUGUAACACAUUUCAAUGUUGUUCAUUUUGACUGCCAUAUGUCUGCAGUUAGACUUGCAAGGGUUCGAGAUGAAUGGGAAUCGGCAGCUUUACAAAAUGCAAACACAAAGUGUAAUGGUUUAUUGCCAAUGUGGGGUCCAUCAGUUGCUGAAUCAGCAUAUGCAAAUUGCUUAGCCAGACAUAACUCAUAUUUACAAGAAGCUACUGGUCAAAGAGAUAUAAGUUACAUGCAAACAGUGCAUGAUCUUAAGUUACUUUUAUUCAGAUUUGCACAAGCAAAGAGCUUCCACGAAGACACUGGAGGUGGUGGACCUCAGUCAAAUAUGAACCUACUUCCAUACCUCAUGCACAUGGCAUUAUAUGUGAUUAACACGACUAGGCGAUCCAGUGCAGAGGAACGUAAUUUAAAUACAUACCUAGAGCCUAAGUCGGCUGAACAAUUGAUUGAUAGUUUUUAUGAUACUGAAGGUCCAUUAUACUAUCUCACAAUGGCCAUUAUGUUAACUCCGUACUCAAAAUGGAUGUUGACGAAUCGUCUAAUACAUUUAAAUAGAAUAAUAUUGAUGGCUCAUGUUCAUCAUACCAAUUCUUCUAUAGCACCUAAAGUACAUUUUGUGCCUUUGGCUCCUCAUGAUUAUACUGCUUACAAAUCAGCUCUUAUGUUCUUUGUAUUAAUCAAUAAGAUGUAUGAAUGUUAUUUCAAGACCGUCGAAGUUUCCGAAAGUAAAAGUUGGUCUGUUAGCUUAGCUGACUAUAUUCGUCACAAUGAUGAGACACUGCUCAAAUCAUCAGAAAUGAUGAUGAAUGCUUUAAGUGUAGAUUUCUUACCUUGUACCUCAUUUGAAGAACUUUGUGAUGCUGCAGGUUUGAAUUUAGCAGAUCCAUCAAAUCACAUCAAAAACAUCUUGAACACUUACCUCCGUCAAUAAAAAAUAUGUUUUACCUAGUAAAUUGAUAAAAAAUCACCAUUAUAAAAUUAUUUUAAUUAUUUAUUCACGAUAUUUAUUUUACAUGUGAUUAUUUUUUAAGUACAUUAAUUAUAAGAAAUUGGAAAUUUAAAUUCUUAAAAAAAAAUUAAAAUAUCAAAAUAACAACGAA